AGCGGCGUCCAGCGAUGCUACCACCGGAGAAUCUUCCAAUCACGGCGGAAGAGAGGCAUCAUUCUUUCGGUGAGGUUGUCUCUCUUUCGGUGCAAAAUCUAAUUGCGUUUGUUUCUAGUCAACGUCCAUGGUUGGAGUUUCUAGCAUUAGGUUCUAUGGACCUUCCUACCUCUUUCUCUUCCGCCGUCUCGCGCUCAAAAGUCAACCUCCGCCAUUUCGUGGUUAACUACUCUCUCAUGACCGCGGCUUCGAUCACACUCUUCUUGGUUAGUAAUCCGACGGCUCUUGUCACCGUUGCCACUUUUGCUAUCUUGUGGUUGCUCUUAUGCUUUUGUAGGGACCAUCCUUUGGUCUUGUACGGUCGACAAGUUAGUGACAAAGUGAUCUUCUUUGGAUUGAUCGUUGGCUCCUUCUGGGGAUUGUGGCUCACGCAUUGCUUCUUGAGUCUGGUUCUUGGGGUCUUGACAGGUGUCUUGCUUUGUUUGGUACAUGCCGUCCUACGUAAUCCAGAUGACCUCUUUGUACAAGAAGAGGAAGUUGUUGUUCCUUCCAAUUUUCUUCAUUGGAGCUAA